AUGGAAAAUGAGAGCAAGAGGAAGCUGAAGGAGAGAUUUGGCCUGGAGCGGGACAUCAUAAAGGAGUUCCUGGCGGAGUUUCUGGGGAUAUUCGUCCUGAUACUCUUCGGAUGUGGUUCAGUGGCCCAGACGGUGCUGAGUAAAGGGGCUCUCGGGGAGCCGCUGACCAUCCACGUCGGCUUCACUCUGGGAGUCAUGAUGGCCGUCUACAUGGCCGGGGGAGUGUCAGGAGCCCACGUGAACCCUGCGGUCUCUCUGGCCAUGGUGAUCCUGGGGAAGCUGCCGCUGAAGAAGUUCCCCGUGUACGUGGCAGCGCAGUUCCUGGGGGCUUUUGUUGGAUCCGGCGUCGUCUAUGGCUUGUACUAUGAUGCUCUGAUGGACUACACUAACGGAGAAUUUGCAGUGACUGGUGCAAAUGCCACAGCCAACAUAUUUGCAUCUUAUCCUGCAAAACAUCUCUCGGUCCUCAAUGGAUUCAUGGAUCAGGUAAUUGCAACCGGCGCACUGAUCCUGUGCAUCCUGGCCAUCACCGACAGGAAGAACAUCGGCGCUCCAAAAGGCAUGGAGCCUCUGUGCAUCGGCCUCAUCAUCAUGGCCAUCGGAGUGUCCAUGGGUCUGAACUGCGGUUACCCAAUCAACCCGGCCCGAGACCUCGGCCCGCGCUUCUUCACCGCCGUGGCUGGGUGGGGCAUGGAGGUGUUCAGAGCUGGAAGCUGCUGGUGGUGGAUUCCCGUGGCGGGGCCCAUGGUGGGUGGAGCGGUCGGAGCCGCCGUUUACUUUCUCUUCAUUGAGCUGCACCAUCCCGAGCCUGAAAAACAGGAGGAGAACAACGUCCAGGACAAAUACGAAAUCAUAACCAUGAACUAGGGCUGCAGAGCGAAGCAACAGCAAGACGUAGGAAUGCAUUUUGAUACGUUCCUGAAAUAAAAUUUAAAAAAAGAGGAAAAUCUACCGUCACUGGUUUAAUACAGCUCAUGUACCUGACGAAACAAUUUCAUAUAGU